AUGACCUCUGUCCAAGACUCCCUCAUCUUCGGCAACAUCCUUUCCACUCGGGAAUCGGCCGCAAUCUGGUCCGACAAGACACGCACCCAGUGCUAUCUUGCAUUCGAAGGCGCCCUGGCCAAGGCGCAGGCUCGGCUGGGAAUCAUCCCGCAAAGGGCGGCCGACGAGAUCAUCAAGUUCUGCUUGGACAUCCGGAAUGUGGACUUUGAGGAUCUCCGCCAACAGACCGAGCUGAUCGGGUACCCGGUGCUGGGCGUGGUCAAGCAGUUGGUCAAGCAUGUCAAUGCCAUCGAGCCGGGACUGGGCGAGUGGGCGCAUUGGGGAGCGACCACGCAGGACGUGACGGAUACGGCGACGGUAAUUCAGCUGUGGGAUACGAUGAGUCUCUUCGAGAAGACCCUCGAGGAGAUUAUUGCCUCACUUCGGCAGCUGGCGGAGAAGCACAAAUCCACUCCAAUGGCCGCCAGAUCGAAUUUGCAGCAGGCGGUUCCUAUGUCAUUUGGCUUUAAGCUUGCCAGAUUACUCGCCACGUUCCUUCGGCAUCGUGAGCGGCUAAAGGAUGUUGAAACGAGGCUGACAGUGCUGGAAUUCUCUGGCGCGGCGGGAACGUUGGCGACAUUGCCUCCUUCACAGGAUCUUCCUCUGCUCGGCCUCGAAUGCCAGCGGGAACUUGCCAAAGACUUGAACCUCAAAGUCCCCGAAAUAGCAUGGCACACGGAACGUGACCGCAUCGCCGACUUCGGCUCCCUUUGCGCAAUGCUCAGCAGCACGUGCGCCAAGUUUGCACUGGACGUCAAACUCAUGAUGCAGACGGAAGUGGGCGAAGCGUCGGAACCGUACGUGCCGCACCGCGGGUCGAGCAGCACGAUGCCGCAAAAGAGGAAUCCCAUCUCCUGCGCGUACAUCACCGCCAUGUCGGCCACAGUCAGGCAGCUGAGCGCGAGUCUUUUCGAGGCCAUGGUGGAGGACCACGAGCGAAGCACAGGGCCAUGGGAGAUUGAGUGGAUCGUGCUGCCGCAGCUCUCGACCCUGACGCAUGCCACUCUGAAGCAUACCGCCGAACUUGUGGCCGGGUUGGAGGUGCACGAGGACGCGAUGAAGAAGAACCUUGACCUGUCCAAGGGCGCGAUCGUCAGCGAAGCCGUGAUGAUGGGCCUGGGCAAGACACUGGGUCGCCAGUAUGCGCACGACGUCGUGUACGACCUGUGCCGCAGGUCGCAGCUCGAGGACCGUCAGCUGCUCGACCUGCUUUGCGAGCACGACGAGAUCAGCAAGAAGAUGACGAGGCAGGAGUUGGCCAAGCUAUGCGACCCGGCAAGCUACCUGGGGUACAGCGAAGCUAUGGUGCAGAAGGUCCUCAAAUUAGCAGAUGAGCCCCCUGCACAAAGGAGGCCUAGUCUGGUCUGA